UUCAUUUUUUUACUUGCAGUUGAUCCACCUUCAGACUUGAAAUUUAAAAUUAUAAAUGAAAGCACAGUACAAAUGUCAUGGAGGCGGUCAUUCAAUAGAAUACAGGGAUACAAAGUGACAGUGGUUCCUACUACAGAUGGUCCUGCUAAAGAUCUGAAUCUCCCAGCUACUGCCUCAGAGACAUUAAUUACAGAUUUAAUUCCAGAUAUAGAGUAUGUAGUAACCAUAAAUUCAUAUGAUGAAAAGGAAGAAAGUUUACCAAUCUUUGGCCAACUCACAAUUCAGUCAAGCGGUACAUCACCGAGAGGACCACGAGUGAGGAAACCCGACACCCAGGUUGUUGUUAAAUGCUCCGUAAGUGCGCUGGCAGAUUUAGUUUUUCUUGUCGAUGGCUCAUGGAGUGUUGGGAGAGAGAAUUUCAAAUACAUAAGAAACAUAAUUGCUGCGAUCACAUCUGCUUUUGACAUUGGGGAGGAUAAAACCAGAGUUGGCAUUGUGCAGUACAGUACGGAUACCAGGACUGAAUUCAACUUAAACCAAUACUUUAACAGAGGUGAACUGCUCAAAGCAAUAAAUACCCUGCCUUAUAAAGGAGGAAACACAAUGACAGGUGAAGCCAUGGAUUACUUAAUUAAAAACACAUUUACUGAGGCAUCUGGAGCCAGGAAAGGAUUUCCCAAAGUGGCAGUGAUCAUCACUGAUGGGAAAUCACAGGACCCUGUGGAGAAUUAUGCAAGGAAGCUUCGGAAUAUUGGCGUAGAGAUUUUCGUUUUAGGAAUCAAAGGAGCAGAUGUAGACGAAAUGAGACAAGUGGCCUCCAGCCCCUUUCACAAGCAUGUGUUUAACGUAGCUAACUUCAACCUGAUUAAAGACGUACAGCAUGAACUAAUUUCCCAAGUGUGUGCUGGCGUUGAUGAGCAGCUCAAUGAACUUGUGAGUGGUGAAGAAG